AGAAAAUAAUUGACAGUUUUGAGGAAAAAAAUUAAAUAUGCAUUUUACAAAGUCAUAGAAAUACACACAAACUCUAUUUUGCUGUAGUCAUUUCGCCAAAGAUGAAAUUUGGUUAUAAAAUUUAUACUAUGAACAUUAAAGAACUACACUCAUACUCAAUAUAACAAACGAAAAUCAGUUACAAACUUGUGACUCAUAAAACUUAAAAAAGUAUUUGAACCAAAGUUUUUCUCAUCAAUCUUAUACACUAAAAAAUAAGAAAAUAUAAAAGAUUUUUACCUCAAGUUCAACUGCCUAGGUUUGAUAUAAUUGAGAUUGAAAUCUUUACAUUUUCAAUAAAUUUAAUUUAACUUUUAAAUUUUUAAUUAAGAAUUUUAUAUAAAAAUUUAAUAUAAUAAGAACAAAGGGGAAAAAAAUUUUCAAUUAUUAUUUAAAAUUUAGAUCAAAAAUAAAAUUUAUAUCAAAAAAGUUAACUUAAGAAUUGAAAAAAAAAAGAUAAUUAACUUAAAAUAAAUUUUAAAAUUGCUAUGAAUGCUGAAAAAUACAAGGAAAUUAACAUUAAUAGUAUGGUGACUGCAAACCAGGUGUUUUUCGUUCUUGGACUCGAGUAUUUAACCGCAACAAUUGCCAGUGCACUGAACAACCUUGUCCCUGCAGUCACUCUUGUCCUUGCAGUCUUUGGGAGGUUAGAAAAUGUGGGAAUAAGAACGGUAGGAGGGUUGGCAAAGGUGAUAGGAACCAUCGUAUGUGUUGGUGGAUCUACGUUGCUGUCUUUUUACCAUGGACGCAUCAUUGGCAUAACAGAAUCCAGCAUUCAUUGGAGAUAUGCCGAGAAAAUGAAUGAAUCAAGUUCCAACAACGGAACAAACUUCCUGGGUCCAUUUCUAAUCACGAUCAGCUGUGUCGCUUGGGCUGUUGGGUUCAUAAUCCAGGUCCAUGCUUGACCUCAAAACACUUAAUUUCAUUCACUUUUACUUCGUCCAUUAAAUAAGUUGUUUCAAUCUUU